GCGGGGCCGUUGCACCGGAUCUGCACCCCUCCCGAGCCGAGGAGCCCGGCUUGGCCGGGGCCCUUUCUUCCUUUCGGACGGCUGGAUCGGAAUUUCCCCCCUGCGCUUCCUUUCUGCCAUUGCAUGGAAAGCGGAAGGAGCCGCCCGACAGGGAGGACCGCGGCGUCUGCGGGCGGCUGGGGCGCGGGCCAGGCGGGGACAAAAGCCGGCGACGCGGGGACGGGAGCGCCUCGGGCACGACGGACCCUCCGGGGCGGCCGCCGCCGCCGCCGCCCUCAGCCCCGACGCUCAUUUCUGGCCCUUGGGCAUGGCAGCACUUGCCGAUGCUGAAGUCCAGGACUUGCCGCGCUAGCCGGGACGGGAGCGAGCGUCUGGCCCAGCUGCUGAGCGCUUCGGCGGCCCUGCUAUGUGCAGCUGCUGGUAGGGCUGAGUGGGCAACCCCGGGAAGAUUCUUCAGCACCCCUUUGGUUGGUGCGCUCUUUUCUUCUAAGUCGUGCCCAGCCAGCCGAUCAAAAUAGAGUCCUUCAAGGCGAAAGUUGACUUUCUGAAGGUGCCCCUCGGCCUAAAGAAGCCGGCUCUGAAGGAGGCAGCGGCUGCCUUGGUGGCUGUCCCAGGGCCCGGGAGAUCCAAAUCCAUCAACGUGGAUCGCUACAAGGCUCGGCGUUCUGACAACAUGGACAACGAAUCCCAAUAUUCAGGGUAUUCCUACAAAUCGGGGCACUCGCGCAGCUCCCGGAAGCCCAGAGAUCGGCGAGAGCGACACCGCUCCAAGAGCCGAGACGGGAGCCGAGGGGACAAGUCGGUCACCAUCCAGGCUCCCGGGGAGCCCCUGCUGGACAACGAGUCGACCCGAGGCGACGAAAGGGACGACAACUGGGGCGAGACGACCACGGUGGUGACCGGCACGUCAGAGCACAGCAUUUCCCACGAUGACAUCACGCGCAUCACCAAGGACAUGGAGGACAGUGCCCACCUGGACUGCUCCCGCCACCUGGGGGUCUCGCUGGCUGGGGCCCUGGCCCUCCUCUCCUUCCUGACCCCCAUCGCCUUCAUGCUGUUGCCCCAGCUGCUGUGGGGCGAGCAGCUGAGCCCCUGCGGGACCCCCUGCGAGGGGCUCUUCAUCUCGGUGGCCUUCAAGCUGCUGAUCCUCCUGCUGGGCAGCUGGGCCCUCUUCUUCCGGCGCCCCAAGGCCUUCCUCCCACGCAUCUUCGUCUUCCGCGCCCUGCUCAUGGUGCUGAUCUUCCUCCUGGUGGCCUCCUACUGGCUCUUCUAUGGCGUGCGCAUCCUGGACUCGCGCGACACCAACUACCAGGGCAUCGUCCAGUACGCCGUCUCGCUCGUGGACGCCCUGCUUUUCGUCCACUACUUGGCCGUGGUGCUGCUCGAACUGCGGCAGCUCCAGCCACACUUCACGCUCAAGGUGGUGCGCUCCACUGACGGGGCCAGCCGGUUUUACAACGUGGGGCACCUCAGCAUCCAGAGAGUUGCCGUGUGGAUCCUGGAGAAUUAUUACCACGAUUUCCCUGUCUACAACCCGGCCCUCCUCAACCUGCCGAAGUCAGUCCUGUCUAAGAAAAUGUCUGGGUUCAAGGUCUACUCGCUUGGCGAGGAGAACACAACAAACAACUCCACUAGCCAGUCGCGGGCUGUUAUUGCUGCAGCUGCCCGGAGGCGGGACAACAGUCACAACGAAUACUACUAUGAGGAAGCCGAGCAUGAACGUCGGGUGCGCAAGCGGCGAGCUAGGUUGGUUGUGGCUGUGGAAGAGGCCUUCACGCACAUCAAGCGGCUUCAGGAGGAGGACCAGAAAAACCCGCGGGAGAUCAUGGACCCCCGGGAGGCCGCCCAGGCCAUCUUCGCCUCCAUGGCCCGGGCCAUGCAGAAGUACCUGCGCACCACCAAGCAGCAGCCCUACCACACGAUGGAGAGCAUCCUCCAGCAUCUGGAGUUCUGCAUCACCCACGACAUGACGCCCAAGGCGUUCCUCGAGCGCUACCUGACCGCAGGGCCCACCAUCCAGUACCACAAGGACCGCUGGCUGGCCAAGCAGUGGACUCUGGUCAGCGAAGAGCCCGUGACCAACGGGCUGAAGGACGGGGUGGUCUUCGUCCUGAAACGCCAUGACUUCAGCCUGGUGGUCAGCACCAAAAAGAUCCCCUUUUUUAAGCUCUCGGAGGAGUUUGUGGACCCCAAAUCGCACAAGUUUGUGAUGCGGCUGCAGUCGGAGACCUCGGUGUGACCCACAGCCGAGCCAAAGGGCUUGAAUGCCAGGAAUGCAGCUCCCCGCAAGGAGGGGGUGACUGCCUGGCGCCGGCCUGCGUCUCUCGAGUUUGAGAAAGGUUCCCGGGCUUUGUGGAAGGCCCUCCGCGGCGUCUGCGUCCCCUUCUCCACACCUUUGGAUGCCAGAGCUUGACCCCUCCUUCCCCCCGCCUCCCCAGGCCUUUCGUGCCCCCCACUGAGGGGGAGGGCAGGGGACCUUCCUUUCUCACCCCUCCCCAUUCCCACCCCCGUCCUAUCCUUUGUAGCAAGCAAGCCCCCAGGAACUGAGAAGGUGUGUGGGUGAUAAGGACAGCGUUGUCCCCCUCUCCCCCUUCCAGGUUAAAUUGCUGGACGUUACUGUGCCAAAUUCUAAGGGCUUACUCUGUUGGCGGUCCUCACCAGCACCUGCAGACGUAGCUGGGCUAAGGAACUUUUGUGAAUGUCAUUUUUAAAGAAGCUACACGCAGGUAUGUGUGCCCGCGUGCACACCCACCCACCCACACGUCGCCUGAGGCUGUUGUCAUCGCCCCCGGUCUCUGAGGUCCAACCUCACAAGGCUUGGGGGAGACCCGGCCACCCCGGCGCUGUCGGUCCAGCCGCUCGAGGUCAUGGGCCGGCUGGAAUUCCAACAGGUCCAACGGGAAACGCACCUGAAGGCUGGAAGGGUGUCGGGGUGGGAGUUUUUAAGAAGAGGAUGGCUUUUUUUUCUUAAAGAAAAAAGAUACCGAUCUCUGUACUUUUUAGAGAAAUCCUGUGUGUUGUAAAUAGUUUCCUCUGAAUCACUCGCUUGGCCACGAGGUUGGGACUUUUCACUGCUCUGUGGGUUGAGCCUGCUUUAGCGUGAAGGGGGGGUUUAGGGGUGAGGUGAGCAAAGUGCCCCUUUCCUGUGUUUGAGUCAGCAGGAAGCUCUUUUGCACUUGUGAAAACUGGAUCCGGCUGUUUCUUUUAGGAAGGUUUCUGUGGGAGGCCAUCCUCGCUCCCCCCCCAACUUUUAGAGGCCCCCAGUACAAAGCAGCUUGCAGAGGGCUUUCCUGUCCUCCCCACCAACCCCCCUGUCCUGGGCUUGAUUGAACAAAAUUGAACAAAAUCGAUUGAACAAUCGAACAAAAUUGCUGAUUGGCUGAGGAUCAGCCACUCACUCUGAGGAUCAAUCACUAAACCUCCCUUGUCUUCGGGAUCUUAAUAAGACACAUUUUUUGCGGUUAACUUUUCAGGAAGAAAUUAUUUCUUUUUGUCACCGGAAUACCUGGGGUUUCUCUACAGCUGUUUCCUUUUUAUCUAAUGUGGGGUGUUUUGGGUUGUUUAAAUGAUGGCCUUUCCAAAAGGGAAUCUGGCUGUGAUUGGGCUGUGCCAAAAUAUGGUGCUCAGCUGGUGUUGGGGCUGCUGGCUGUCCAUUCCUUGUUGGGGUCUUGUGUUGGGGGGCAAAGGGUGGGGAGAGGGUGCCUCCAGUUAUAUCACUGUGAUUCAAGUUUUUAAAAUGAUUUCAAUGUUUAAUACUUGGGACAGGAACCAGCCACAGUAAGGGUACUUUUGAAAACCCAAGGAUGUUGCUAGGCAUGCCUAUGGCUUUGCUUUGGGAAGCAGUAUAAAGGCCUUUGCAACAGUGUUCCUCAACCUCAGCAACUUAAAGAGCUGUGGACUUCAAUUCCCAGAAUUCCCCAGCCAGCAUGGCUGGCUGGGGAAUUCUGGGAGUUGAAGUCCACUGGUCUUAAAGUUGCUGAGGUUGAGGAACACUGCUUUACCACUUCAGCAAAUAUUCCAGCUUAAAUCCUGGCAGUCCUGGUGAACUUUGCUUCACCUGGAUUGCAGCCCUUGGUGCCUGCUUAAAGGGCAUUGCCUUUUAAAAAUAAAUAAAAUCCUGAAAUUAGAGCUUGCAUCAUUAUGCAUCAUAUAUUUAUAUGGGGUUCGUGAGCUUUGUUGUCCUCGUUCCUGCCAUAACAUUCCCUGAAGCGAUCCGCUGAUGGAGACCAGCAUGGGUUCCUUUGCAGACGGGAUUCCAGUAGACGUCUAACAAAGCUGCUACAAGCUCAAAAUCCUUUUUGGUCACUUUUUCAGAGGUUGACCUGGAUGGUCUAACUUUCCUUUGGCUGCAGGUGGGAUGGGUUCAAACCCUGCGGCUUUAAGCAGCCCAGCUUAAGACCCAUUGGUCUUAAGAUUGGGCAGCCCAAACUUAUUGGUCUUAAGAUCGGGCAGCCCAGCUUAACCCAUGGGUCUUAAGAUCGGGCAGCCCAAUCUUAUUGGUCUUAAGAUCGGGCAGCCCAAUCUUAUUGGUCUUAAGAUCGGGCAGCCCGGCUUAACCCAUGAGUCUUAAGAUCGGGCAGCCCAAUCUUAUUGGUCUUAAGAUCGGGCAGCCCAGCUUAACCCAUGGGUCUUAAGAUCGGGCAGCCCAAUCUUAUUGGUCUUAAGAUCGGGCAGCCCAAUCUUAUGGUCUUAAGAUCAGGCAGCCCAGCUUAAGACCUGUUGGUCUUAAGAUCGAGCAGCCCAAUCUUAUUGGUCUUAAGAUCAGGCAGCUCAGCUUAAGACCCGUUGGUCUUAAGAUCGAGCAGCCCAAUCUUAUUGGUCUUAAGAUCAGGCAGCCCAGCUUAAGACCCAUUGGUUCGGUCAAUGACCUGAACUUUCCCAACAACUCCUGAGUCCAGAAGAAGACUUCAGGAUGUUAGAAGCUGUUUGCAUCCAGACCUUUGAGCCACAGAAGCAUGAUCAGUUUCUUAGGAAGGGUCUUCACGUGAGUCCAGCAGUGAUCCGUUCUUCAUCUUGGGUGGUUGAUCGUUUACAGUCAUUUUUUGGUGGCUGGCUGUUACAUGGUAACAGUUGAUUAUAAGAUAAAAGUUCCCCCAGUCAGUUGCACAUUGCCUUGGAAGAAUGCAAGUAGACAUUUUUCUAAUCUUUUGGGGGGGGGCGGGGGGAGGGAAUCAUCCUCUGCAUUUGUUGCCCAUUCUUGAUCCCCUUAAAUUUGAAAGCACAUCAGACCUGGUAACUGAGGAGUAACUUCACUGCCAUUUCACAUCAUUGCAAGACUUAGUUGUUUAGUGGGAGAAAAGGGUUAGAGCAGUUUUCCUCAGCCGUGACAAUUUUAAGAUAUGUGGACUUCAACUCCCAGAAUUCCCCAGCCAGCCAUGCUGGCUGGGGAAUUCUGGGAGUUGAAGUCUACACAUCUUAAAGUUGUCAAGGUUGAGAAACGUGGUUAGAGUGACCACAUUCCCCUGUUAGACUGGAAGUCCUUUCUCCUUAGCCCACACACACACACACACACACAAACGGAAUUUAGGAAACCAUUUUCUGAUUUUUUUUUAAAAGACAGCUGAGAAACCUUGUGCAUGCCUGUAGAAAAUUGUAAAAUGUAAAUUUUUUUAAUAUAUAAAAUUUUGUUUUUACAGUUUGCAGUGGUACUAAGCAUUACAGCAAUGUUAGUAAAGGGUUUUUUUUUUUCAUAAAUAUAGGAAGUAAAAUUGUACAUUUUUUUCUAAAAAAAAAAAUAAACAUCUUUUGGAGCUUUGGGUA